GCUCUCAGUCGGCGAACCCGCCUCCAGAAGCUGGGCGGGUGUCAACGCCGAGUCCAUGAUCACUGAGGCGGCUUCCUCGGCCUUGGUCGUCAGGGCCUCAGGCCUGACCGCGGCCUCUGGCUCCUACCAAGUCUUCUGCAAGGGACUCUCCCGCACUCUGCUUGCCUUCUUCGACUUGGCCUGGCAGCUGCGCAUGAACUUCCCAUACUUCUACGUCGCGGACUCCGUGAUCCUCAACAUCCGCUUGCAGGUACACUUUUAGAGCCCUGAUUAAAUUGCAGGCGUGAUGGCGGACCCACCCGAGGCCUCACAGCUAACUGGAGCUACUCCCAGUUACCCCCGGGAAGCCCUGUGGUCUCGCGAUAUUCCCAGGCGGCUUUGCUCUCCUGAUGGUCGCGGAUUGCUUGCUGGGAGGAGAAAGGAGUUAUGCGAUUCCGGAAGAAGAGAAUUUAAAUUAAGACCCACGGAAAUAUUUAAGAAGACGAGCAACCUUAAAAUAGAAACAGGAGAAAUUUAAGGAUGUGACAAAGGGCAGAGGAUGCAUUAUAAAAACGGAAGGCUGCUAAACUUUUUAGAAAAAAAUUUUUUAUGUGUGCAAGAAACUCAUGGUCCAAACCAUAAGGAAACCAGUACACUUCAGGAAUUUUGGAUUGUUUUGUAAGUAAUACAGUGAAUGAGGAAGAAGAGGAAGAGAUUAA